CCUCGGGUGUGUGCUGCCUGUUUCCCGGCGGCCUGUGUUGUCCAGCUCUGAGGUCCAUGGACGGAGCCAGGCCCCCCUCGCCCGGAAACGAGCUGGAGCUCUCGGAGGUCGAGGGGCAGCUGGAAGAGCAGACGCCUCUCAAUGGAGCCAUCCGGAUCAUCCCUUUACCGGCGGAGGAGCCAAGUCCAGCCCAGGCUAAGCAGAAAAGCCCUUGGAGCUCCUGCAACAGGAAAUUGUGUGGAAAGUGUAAACUGUGGAUGGCCAUCGUCUCCAUUUUCAUAGGCCUCAUUAUAGUGCUCAUCAUGAGUUUAUGUCUUAUGAAAGUAACUUACAUGGAUGAAGAUGAAAAUGAAAUACUUGAGUUAUCAUCAAAUAAAACAUUUUUGGUCACAUUAAAGAUUCCAGAGGAGUGUGUUACUGAAGAGGAAUUGCCUCACCUGCUCAAGAAAAGGCUCAUAGAUGUGUACACUUCGUCGCCAUCUCUGAGCCGUUAUUUUACUUCAGUGGAAACGAACUUCAGUUUGCCUUUCAGAGGAGAAAAUGCCACCAUAACCUACUACCUGCAGUUUGGGGUUCCACUGGAAGAUGAAAAUUUUAUGAAGUAUAUGAUGAGUGAGGAAUUGGUGUUAGGCAUUUUGCUACAGGAUUUCCAUGAUCAGAACCUGUCUGGUUGUGAAACGCUGGGGCUUGAUCCAGAGUCCCUCUCCCUGGAUGAAUGAAGUGGUAGAGGUCGGUCCCGUGUGUGAAAGCUGUGAUCCCCUGAAUCGUGGGAUGAGGAGAAUCCAUUCUAUUUUAUAGGAAAAAAAAACACUGUGAAUUAACAUUGAAGGACUUGAAAUGACUAGAGUGGUGGACACGGUCCUUUUUCUCCUGAUUGUACAUAGUUAUGAUGUCUAGCAAAACAGCACCCAAGAGCUGUUCUGGUUCCACUUUUGACAAAGGUACGAAGCCAGAUGGGACGGGGUGACGGGGUAGCAUGGUAGACCUUGCAGUGUGAGGCCAUCGCUAUUCUGGAAGCACUAGCUGUUUCCACCCACAUGUGGACACCUUCUUUUUAGUGUUAGGGUAGACUUUCAGGCAGGAUCCUGCCAACCUGUGCUGGUGGAGUGAGCCCAGGGAAAGGUUGCAGUAGGUAAGGGAGAAAUGAGCCAAUAACUUACUGAAAUCCCCCUCCCACACACCAUUAUAUUGGAUCUACCUCUAAGCAAGCCUGUGAGAAAAAGAAAGGCACUUUAUAGGAUCAAAGUAGCAUAGCUCUGUGUCUACUUUCAUGACCUGUAGCUACAUUUCUUAGGUAACCAGCUGUACGAAGGCACAUUAUCCGAUGUUACUGUGUUAUCUGUAGCUGCAGAAAUAGAUGUGCGUUUUUAAAUUAUUUUUGCAUCUCCUCAUUGUUCCUGUGGCUUCUGAACACCUAGCAACAUGCUUCUCUGAGAGUUGAACACACUAUCAUUUUGGAUAGUUCUUCCCUGUAUAUUUUCACAACCUUCCAUCAGGGAGUCAUUAGGACUCCUUACCAUCUGCUGUAGCUGACACAUUGGCUUUCCAUUGCCCAGUGUCAGUGGCCUUCCUGUAGGACUCAGUAUCUUCAGGCAUUGACUGUGGAGCUUAUUGAAGACGGUUAUGAAACAGGAGAACCACUCUCUGAAAUAAACUGUUGGGAGCUUAAUGCUUGUUCAUUUGCAGGGUGGGGGGAAUAUUAGUGAGUGGAUCAGUCAUUUGCAGAUGUAGAGUUGCCUGUCAUGAGGGAACAGAAUAUUUGGUUGGUUGGGAAAAUUGUUUGCUGGGAAUUUUCCAGGAGAGAGUUUUGUGACCCUAUAAUGGAAGUUCCUUUACCCUAACAUCUCAAUUAGAUUGGCCUGAGGUGGAAGUUAGUAUGAGGGGCAGCUGUGUAUGGAGAUGUGUCUGAGGUAGAUUUGCCCUGACCUCUCUGUGACCCAGGACUCUGGUUAUUGUGAACUUUCUUAUUUAACUGGAAGAUACAUUUAUUUUAACACAGUGUAUCAUUUUUGAGGAUAGUUCCUCAAACUAGAGAAACAGGUGAAUUAUCCUUCUUCCUCUUUAUUUUUUACAUGUCAAGUG